GGUGCGCCGUAUGUCUUCGUUUUUGAUUCGUCGCCGAUAUUUAUCGCCUCGUUUCGCUCUCCGAAACCCGUAUAUCCGGACGGACCGGUCCCGACUUGAAUAGCUGGAAGAAAGUCACGGUCGAUUCUAUCCUCGGCACAAAUGCGAUGUUGACGGGCCCCGCCGAACCGAAACCUUUGUUGUAACGCAACUGCCAUCCGUCAGAAGCCCUCGUGUCGCCCUUCGCAACAAGGCCAGAGAACUGUCGAAAUCGGGUUAUAUAGAAAUGUCCACCGCUCUGCCGAGGCCGUCGAGGCCGUCAAAUGGCCCGCCCACGAUAGCGCUCCCGGCUCUGCCCGUGAACAAGACGAGGAAAAACACCGGAAACCUGGCAGCUCCUUCAAGCAAGUCUACGCCCACGACCCCCAAAUCAUCCGGUCUUCGAGCCCCGUCAACAGCUCUCCUUCCUCCUGCCUCGCCCAACCCGGCCGGGUCCCUUCCUCAGCCCAGGUCGGCAUCGGGCGUUAACUCAGCAGGGAAGACGAUAAGGAAAACAGUCAGCAUCAACUCAUUCCCCCAGCCACCGCGAGGAGACAGUCGGAUAUCCAGCCUGCCACCCAGCCCACUGUCUACCAGCGCACCUUCGCGAAAAUCGCGAGCGCCUACGACGCCGAACCCCCAGCUAUCCAGUGCGACCCCUAGCUUCCUCAACGGCACCGGCGAGGGCAAGUCAAUAUCCCGACAACCUUCCACCAGGAAUUCAGAUGGCCUUACCAGCGUGGCCUCUCCACCGCAAAGCCGCAGCUCCUCCGCCCAGGAUUCCUACUCCACCUCGGCAACCCAGUAUGACGACGUCAACGACACAGCACCGCCAAAAUCGGAUUCUGCCGUGAGCGGAAAGCGUGCGUCAAAAGCAGACGGCAAGGGGAACGUCAUCGUCAGUGUCAGGGUGCGACCGGAUCUCAGCGGCCACGAUAACGCGCCGAAUCCGGACUGGGUGAUCGACGGGAGGAAGUCGUUGAUUGCGUACAGAGGGAAAGAAGGGGGAGACUACUAUUACGAUAACGUCUUUGCAACGCACGAUGACAACUACAGAGUCUACGACCACAUCGCGAAGCGCUUGGUACGAAGGGUCAUGGAGGGUUAUCACGGGACCGUCUUCGCCUAUGGAAUGACCGGCACGGGUAAAACGUUUUCGAUGCAGGGCACUGCAUCCUCGCCGGGUGUGAUCCCUCUCGCGAUCACCGAUAUUUUCUCGUACAUCCGCGAGACGCCGUCCAGGGAGUUCUUGCUCCGAGUCAGCUACUUGGAGAUCUACAACGAGAAGAUCCACGAUUUGCUGAGUAUGCCCACCGGCAAUAAUCCCGGUGCACAGCAAGAGGAGAUCAAGCUUCGGGAGGAUAGCAAGCGGGGGGUCUAUGCGACGCCGUUGAAAGAGGAAAUCGUCCAGAGCCCGACGCAGCUCCUCCGUGUCAUUGCCCGCGGGGACCAGGCUCGCCGCACCGCAAGCACACAAUUCAACGCCAGGAGCUCCCGAAGUCACGCGGUCGUGCAGAUCGUCGUAGAAAGCAGGGAACGGAUUCCCACCUCUGGGGACAACAAACGGCAGGGCCUCUUGCCUGGCGGUGUCCGCGUAUCGACAUUGAGUCUGAUUGACUUGGCUGGGUCUGAGAAGGCCGCCGAGUCAAAGGAACGUCGGCAGGAAGGCUCACAUAUCAACAAGAGCUUGCUCACCCUCGGCACGGUGAUCGCAAAGCUCUCCGAGCAGAAGGAAGGCAAAGGGGGCGACAAGGAUGCCAAACACUUGCCCUAUCGUGACAGCAAGCUCACCCGGUUGCUGCAAGGAGCCCUGUCGGGAAAUUCGCUCGUUAGCAUCCUCUGCACCAUUUCCAUAGGCCCGGGCGCGGGCCCCGCCGCGUCGGCCACGAAUAUCAACGAGACCCUCAACACACUCAAGUUCGCUUCUCGAGCCAAAAACAGCAUCGUCAGCCAUGCCAAGCGCGCCGAGGAGGCUCUGGGUGUCGGUGGUGAUGGGAAUGCCCGGGUCCUGCUCGAGCGGUACCGCAUGGAAAUCAUGGAGCUGAGGAAGGAGCUGGAAAACCAGGCAAAAGCCAACAGCAAGAGGGAACUUGAUGAGGAGAGGGCGCGCGAUGCGGAGGAGGAGCGGGCUCGUGAGAGAGAAGCGGAGCUACGCCACGAGGAGCAGAUGUUGGAGAUGCAACUGGCCCGGACGGCUCUGAAGGAGAGGAUAGACCACCUCAACAGGCUCAUCCUCAGUUCCAAGUCGAUCGGGGUCAACGCGAGCGGGUCUUACAGCGCCCUCGGCAUCCAUCACCGCUACUCGCAAGGGUCGAUCCGGUCGUCGAUGGCCACGUCGAAUGGGACCAAGUUUGGGCUCGAAAGGACAGAGUCCAUGACCUCCAGCGCCUCCACGAUCGGCCGGAAAUCGGCAAGCCAUCGCUCAUCUGGCGGCCCGGAACCACCCGCCUUGGACGACGAAGAGAGCACGGGCGAGUACGGGGACGGGACGGCAUCGCUCGCAUCGCAGAACCGUGCGCUCCAGGCAGAUCUCGCCGACAAGAACCGAUACAUCCAGACACUAGAGAAACGGCUCCUUCAGGCCCGGCGCGCGAGCUCGUCGCGUGCCUCGAUCGGCUUGUCGAGCAAGGGCAUCAUGGUCGGCGAGGACCACAGCGUGGCGGCGCUCAUUAAAGAAAAGGACGCCGAAAUCGCUGAGCUUCGCGCCCGGCUCGACGACAAGGACCGAAUGCUCGCCGCCCUGCGGAGCGCCGCGCGAUGCCGCGAUAACGCCGACCGCGUCGAGUCGCGGGUCGAGUCGCGUUCCGAAGUCCGCACCUCGCAGAUCCUCGACAGCAACCCGGGCCCAGCACCCACCGGCAGCCCCCCGGCCGCGCCACCCUCCCUCCUCCGUCAAGUGUCCCAUCUCCGCAAGCGCACCAAGAGCGUCGACGAGAUGAGCAGGAUGCUCGACGAGAUGAUUCAGGAUCGCGUCGAGAGCGGCCACCUCAUCCGCGGCGCGCGGGGGAGUGUUCGGAUCGCCCCUGCUGUCGCCUCGUCGCCGCUCGAUAAGCCGCCGGCCAUCGCCGGGCGGAGCGGCAGCGGCAGCAGUGGUGACAGCGGAAAGGUGGCGCUGUCGCCGUCGACCUCGUUCGGGCCGCCUCCUUCGCUGCCUCCCUCGGGCCCGCCGCCCCCGUCUCCGCAGGCGCCUCCCGUCUCUCGGCCGCCGAUCCAGCUGCAGCUCCUUUCAAGGCAGAGGUCGUCGUUCGCGGCGUCUGAGCCGCAGAAGUCGCUUGCGUUGGAAGUAUGAGGAAAGGGACCGGGCUGUUCCUGUUUGCUUUGGUUUUGCCUUUUUGGCUCUUCGGCCUCCGACCUGGCCGCUGGGGUUUCCCUCGAAUUGAGUACCGCGACGGGCCGGCCGGUCAUAUAUCUCGAUUUCUUUCUCGAGGUCAAAGGUACCCCAUCCGAUUCGUCACGUUGGCGUUUGGUGGAA